AUGAUGAAUUUAGAUAUAGCGUAUCCUUUACAGUAUGGUUUUCAAGAUCCUGCUACACCUGUUAUGCAAGGUAUAAUAUCAUUGCAUGAUCAUAUAUUUUUUUAUCUAAUUGUUACAACUGUUUUUGUUACAUGGAUAUUAUCUGUUAUUAUAUUUGAGUUUAAAGAUGAGUUUUUUUCUCAUAAGUAUAUUAGACAUGGUACAUUAAUUGAGAUUAUUUGGACUGUGACUCCGGCGUUUAUUUUGAUUUCGAUAGCUUUUCCUUCAUUUAGAUUGUUAUAUUUAAUGGAUGAGGUUAUUGAUCCGGCUGUUACAAUUAAAGUGGUGGGUCAUCAAUGGUAUUGGUCAUAUGAGUAUUCAGAUCAUGCUUGGUCUAUAGAGUUUGAUAGUUAUAUGCUACCAACAUCAGAUUUAGAAUUAGGUCAAUUUAGAUUACUUGAAGUAGAUAAUAGAAUGGUUGUUCCUAUGGACACUCAUGUUAGAUUAAUAAUAACAUCUUCAGAUGUUAUUCAUUCAUGGGCUGUUCCAAGUUUAGGAAUUAAGUUAGAUGCGAUUCCAGGAAGACUAAACCAAACUUCUAUGAUUAUUAACAGAGAAGGAGUAUUCUUUGGACAAUGUAGUGAAAUAUGUGGAGUUCAACAUGGGUUUAUGCCUAUCGUUGUGGAAUCUGUAAAAAUGGAUAACUAUAUUUCUUGGGUUAAUAAUAUGUUAGAUGAAGCUUAG